CUGAGGCCCCGCCUCCUUCACCUUGGAAACCAGAGCCCGGGUGGGGCGCGCGGCGUACGUGGGCACCCGGCGCUCCCCGCGUACCUGGCGGCCGCGAGCCCCCGGCGGCGGGGGCGGGGUCGGCGGCGAGUUCCCUCCGCCGACCCGGCAGGUUGGUCCCCGCCCCGCCCCGGCUCGGCUCCACCCGCGCUCCCAAGGGCGAGGUGGGGGGGACGGGCCCGCGACCGGCGCGUCCCAGCCACUCACCCGCUUGACGCACCGUCCGAAAGUUGCUCUGGGACCAUUUUCCGUCGCCAACUUUCUUUCGCGGGCCCCCCUGUUGAUCUUGAGGAGGGCCCAGAGGACCCCGGCCGAGACCUACGAGCGGCUGCCGGCCCGAGCGCGGAGCGGUUUGUCCCGGACUGAGCGAGGAACCGGGUCUCCCCCCCUCCCCCUGUCCCCCUGUCCCCCUGUUCCUCGUGGUGCGCAGCGCGGGUGGCUGCCCCAGGACCUGCGUCCCUGGGACCCCGGCCCAGAGUUUCUGGACUGUCCGAGGAACUUGUCGGACGAGUCCUGGAACGCCCAGGGAGGAGGAGCCGCGGCCGCCGACAGAUUUCGGAAGUUGUCUUUUGCAAUGCCACUUGUUGCAGAAAUUUUUUCCGCUCCUCUGAUAGAGUGAAGUGAAAAAAUACAACCGUGCAGCAGACUACUGAAGAGAGCAAUCUCAGCAGAUACAAGGAUUUCUGCAGUUGUUCCAUCCCGCAAAGCUGUACGCUAACAAAAUCGAGCAGUUGACUAAGACUAGUCUAGAACCAACAGGGCUGGGUUUCUGAAGGUGACAGUGAAAUUCGAAGAAGUUUCUAAUGUGAUACUUGAAAGUUAGCAACUGCUUACCAAAUUUUCCUGAAAAUUAAAUAUGACUUAGAAGCAUUGAUUUAUGCAAUUUAUGAUGUCAUCGGUUGCCCCAGAAAGUAAAGUCCAGCAGGCUGUGAGUCUGCAGGGAGUUGAUCCAGAAACAUGCAUGAUUGUAUUUAAAAACCAUUGGGCACAGGUGGUGAAAAUCUUAGAGAAGCAUGACCCUUUGAAGAACACCCAGGCAAAAUAUGGUUCCAUCCCUCCAGAUGAGGCCAGUGCUGUGCAGAAUUAUGUAGAACACAUGCUCUUUUUGCUGAUUGAAGAACAAGCCAAGGAUGCUGCAAUGGGGCCAAUUCUGGAAUUUGUGGUCUCUGAGAACAUCAUGGAGAAACUCUUCCUUUGGAGCUUGAGGCGGGAAUUUACUGACGAGACUAAAAUCGAGCAACUAAAGAUGUAUGAGAUGUUGGUCACCCAAUCACACCAGCCUCUACUGCACCACAAGCCCAUCCUGAAGCCCUUGAUGAUGUUGCUGAGCUCUUGUUCUGGAACAGCCACCCCUGUUGUGGAGGGGAAGCUAGUUGUUCUGCUCAAUCAACUCUGUUCCAUCCUUGCCAAAGAUCCUUCCAUUCUAGAACUCUUCUUCCACACUAGUGAGGACCAAGGGGCCGCCAACUUUCUCAUCUUCUCUCUUCUGAUUCCCUUCAUUCACCGGGAGGGGACAGUAGGCCAGCAGGCCCGGGAUGCUUUGCUUUUUAUCAUGUCUCUCUCUGCUGAGAAUUGCAUGGUGGCUCAUCACAUUGUGGAGAACACCUACUUCUGCCCAGUACUUGCAACUGGGCUCAGUGGUCUCUACUCUUCCCUGCCUACAAAGCUAGAAGAGAAAGGCGAGGAAUGGCACUGUAUUCUGAAAGACGACUGGCUCCUGCUCCCUUCUCUCGUACAGUUCAUGAAUUCUCUGGAGUUUUGCAAUGCAGUUAUACAGGUGGCUCACCCCUUGAUUCGCAGUCAGCUUGUCAAUUACAUUUACAAUGGAUUCUUGGUACCUGUCUUGGCUCCUGCUCUCCAUAAGGUAACUGUGGAGGAAGUCAUGACCACAACUGCGUAUUUGGACCUUUUCCUGCGUAGCAUCUCCGAGCCAGCACUGCUUGAGAUCUUCCUCCGUUUUAUCCUAUUGCACCAGCAUGAGAACGUCCACAUCUUGGAUACUCUCACGAGCCGAAUCAACACCCCUUUUCGGCUUUGUGUGGUGUCCCUGGCAUUAUUCAGAACUCUCAUUGGUUUACAUUGUGAAGAUGUGAUGCUACAACUAGUUCUAAGGUAUUUGAUCCCCUGCAAUCACAUGAUGCUGAGUCAAAGGUGGGCUGUGAAGGAGAGAGACUGUUACUCUGUUUCUGCAGCCAAGCUGCUCGCCCUGACCCCCAUCUGCUGCUCCAGUGGGAUCACUCUGACGCUUGGGAACCAAGAGAGAGAUUAUAUUCUCUGGUCAAAGUGUACACUUGAUAGUUCAGGGCCCGUGGAGCAGCUGCUCCCCGAGGUGUUCUCUCCUUCGGCCUGCAUUGUGGAGUGUGGGAAGGCCCUGGACAUCAGCUACCUGCAAUACCUCUGGGAGGCCCACACCAACAUCCUCUGCUGCAUGAGGGACUGCCACGUCUGGUCUGCCCUGUACGAUGGAGAGUCCCCGGACCCUGGGACAUUUCUCCAGAGUCUGACAGAGGAGAGCAGUAUGAACUCAACUUACCCUGUGCUCAGGCUCCAGCAGCAGUUCCCAAAUAAGAUGGGCUCUCAGCUGGCUCCAAAAAAUGAGAAGAGUCAGACAGAGUUGGAAUGGGAUGACAGCUAUGACACUGGGAUCUCCUCAGGGGCUGACGUGAACUCCCCUGAGCCUUAUGAGGAUCUGGAGAAUUCAGGCCCCCCAGUGCCAAUGGAACCCCCCAAACACAUCCAAGAGAUGAAGAAGAAUGCCAUCCUGCUUUUCAAAGGCUCCUACAUCGAAGAGUCAGACUUUCAGGAUGACGUGAUGGUUUACAGGUUGUGUGCUGAGAAGGACUCUGAGGACACUAGAAAUUCACAGGAGGAAUCCCCAAGGUCAGCAACUGAAGCCCAGACCGAGGUUCAGAGGCCCCCCAUGAACAAUGGCCCCCUUCCCAGGCCUCAGCCAGAAACAGAUUCAGAAGAGGAACACAAUGGAGGCAAGUCAGAGCUGUCUCAAAUUGUGUCUGAGGAACCAAAACAAGAGAAUGAACUUGAAGUAGCCCCAGAAUCAAACUCAGAGUUAACAACUUCCAUCUCUGAGGCAGAGCACAAUUCAAACCUGAUGGUUAUUACCCCAGAGGGCGAAGAUUUCAUUGCCCAGUAUAACCAAAUCAUUAAAGAACUGGACUGUGGCACCAAAGGCUUAAUAGAACCGAAUUUCCCCACACCUGUUCCCUUGCUUCCUACAAAAGAAGAAAAGGGGAAGGAAGAAAAGCACAAAGAAGUAACAAAGGAAGAAGAAAAGGAGGGAAAGAAGGAACUAGAAGAGGAUGAGGAUGACUUUGACUCUUUUAUAGCAGAAACUCCUACAGCAGAGACUGUGCCUUCCCCAUUUGGGGCAAGAGAUGAGACUGCCUUUACCAGUCAUCAUCAAGUGAGGACUCAGAGCACCCCGUUCACAGGCCCAUUUAUCAGCGUGGUGCUGUCAAAGCUGGAGAACAUGCUGGAGAACUCUUUGCAUGUUAAUUUGCUGCUUAUUGGGAUCAUUACUCAGCUAGCCAGCUACCCCCAGCCGCUCCUGCGCUCUUUUCUGCUCAACACCAACAUGGUCUUCCAGCCAAGUGUACGCUCACUCUAUCAGGUUCUUGCAUCUGUUAAAAACAAAAUUGAACAGUUUGCUUCUGUGGAGAGAGAUUUCCCAGGACUCCUCAUACAAGCCCAGCAGUACCUGCUCUUCCGAGUGGACAUGUCCAAUGUGACCCCUGAGUCGCUAGCUAAAGAUUCCACUCAUGAUGCUUCCUGGACUGCAAGUGGCAAGAACCUUUUGGUGGAAGGUCCUCCAAGGGUGCUUCAGCCCUUCCUGACCAACAGAGCCAAGGUGGCUGGGGUGCCCCCAAACCUUCCCCUGCCAGUGAGGAACACCAUGCUGGCCGCCGCCCUCUUCCCGGAGUUUCUGAAGGAGCUGGCUGCCUUGGCCCAGGAACACUCCAUCCUGUGCUGCAAGAUCCUGGGCGACUUCGAGGACUCUUAUUGUUAGCUUUUUUGUUUGUUUGUUUUUUGAAGAGAGGUUCUUAUUUUACAAGGUUUUAGUGUUUUGACUGACUGUUAAAUGCAAAGCUGCUUAUAAAAAUUUCUACUUUGAUAUUUCCUGACAAUACUUGAUUUGGGGAGGGGGGUGGAUUUUCUUUUAGCUCCUCUCUGAAUACCCAGGUCUUUCCAUCUUAUGUUACAGAGAACAUAAGUCUCAUAAGCUGAUUGCUCCCUUGGCAGGUUUUCUUUGCUCAGCUUUUUUUCCUCACAUUUUUUGGGUGUUUUUCUCCCAUCCUUUUCAGUCACUCAUAUUGCAGCUCAGAUCACACCAAGUGAAUAAUUGGGACUCAGUGAUUUCUGGGAGUGCCCAUGUCAGAAGGCUGGCUCUUCAAGAGCAUGAAAAUGCAUGUCUGCAACUUACGCAAGUCCUGUUGCCUUCUGCAUUUUGGCUUUUGUUUUUUAAAAGGGAAGAAUAAAGAUGUGUAGCCCAGCCCACUCUUGCUUUCAUCAUACAAGCACAUGUUGCAUAUCCCUUUGAAUUUUACUUCUAGGAUUUGGAUUCUGCCCAACAUGUAUUGCCUUAUGGUGCAGGAAAAUCUACUGGUCUCACCUAACUGCCUGGGAAGUCCAUUGUAUCUUGGAGAGAACUUGGAAUGCAGGGAAUUUUUCUUAUUGCUUGAGAGUUUUCUUUAAUCAGUUAUAUCACUACCUAAACACUGAAAACAGCCUUAUUUUAAUGUGAUUUGUGCAAAAUGAAAUAUACCUAUGCAGACAGUUACUUUGGAUUUUAGGACUUUGAUCAGAUAAAGAAAGCAUGGUAUCAUAUACUUAGGUAAGAAGACAACUAUAGUUAUUUAAUUUAAAGUGCUUUAUGAACACAAACAGAUUAACUUGUCUAGCUAUUUUGUGGUAAGGUGUUUUUUUUGGGGGGGGGGAGUACAAUGGGGAGAAAGGAUAAAGGUAAACGAAAUGAAAUCUGUAAAAACACUGGUAAUUGUUUUUAAUUCUUUUUGCUUUUGCUAGUAUGUUGCACUUUGUAGAGAAACAGGUACUGUACAGCCCACUUUGGAGCUGGGAUGCAGAUGCAAACAGGUCACAGGGAGCUCUGCAAAGCCAUACAGAAAUUUUGCCUUCUGAGUAAUGGGGUUCAUUAGAAGGCCCCAACAUGAUGUAUUAGUACAUUUGUGCUGCUUUUCAGUCUGCACCAAGAGGCAUAAUUAUAUUUAGAGCCACAGUUACCACCAAGAGGGGAAACACACAAAAUAAUUGUGGGCUAAAAAUGACCUCACAAGAAACUGAUAUUUAUGGAUUUUAAAUUCCACUCCCUUCUCUUUGGGACCCAGUUCUGUCAGUGAGAAGCAGGUAAUGAGGAUGCACCUCCCUGUUCAGGAGGGAAGUUGGAAGUCCCAGUUCUGUUUCCUGCUGAGACCUGGGACAGCCACAGGUCUGGUGACUGAUGGCAACCUACUCUGGAGCCACAUGGAGUUGUGCCUUAGGAGCACUGGUUUGGUGUCAGUUAGGGUCCUUAGUACAGGAGGAGAGUAGAGGAGAGAAUCACAUCUGAGGCACCGGAGAAGUGAAGCUGGCCUUUCUGUGUUUCGGGGAUGUCGAGGUAGCUUUGUACUGAGAGAGAAAGAGCUAGCCUAUGGAAUAAAGACACCAGGAGAUCUGGCCUGGUCUGGGUGAGCUCUAAGGAGCCAGCCUAGCAGAGUUUCUGAGUCUAGGCAAGAAACCAAAGAUACCAAUUCAUUGUACAUUUCUGACUACAAAUUUGCCUGUUUUGAAAAAUGGUUUGUCCCACCGUGGUGCAGCAGCUCAGAAGUGAGGCCCAGCAGUCUGGCCUACUUUCAGCUCCCCAACACCUGGUUGUAUUUGCACAGCCCACAAGUCUCCACUGGAAAAGAAGGUAGUUUAACGUAGAAAGAGAGGAACAGUUAAGGAUGGAAUUUCAGUUGUAAUUUAUUAUCCUUUACAUUUGUUUUGCACAAGUAUUUAUCUACCUGUUUGUGCUUAACAGGAACAUAAAGUGCUAAAGCCACAGCCGGAAACUGUAUUCUUCAGGGUUUUGGUUUUAUUUACACCUCCCUCUAUUUCCUAGUGCUGGUGUAGAUUCUUCUUGAGUCCAUAUUGCUUCUCCUUUGUGGAAGGUGCCCUUAAGGAAGAGAUUGAGUUUGUGCCUCUUACUAUUAUUUUUAACAGUUGUUGAAGUGGACUUUAAAGGAGGACAGAGAUGAUGGUAUUGGGGGUGAGACGGAAAAUUUAACUUUCCAUGGGAGGAGGUGCUGGUGCUGGUAGCAAACGCAUCUGAUAAUCCUCCCUAACUUCCUAUUUAGAGUUGGAAACUGGUUCAUGUUUCUGAAUCUGUUGCAGCCUCCUCCGGAGUGCUGUGUCCAGUUCUUCAGAAUGGAGGCAGAAAACCAAACUGGAAAUAGGGAACUGGAAAACCCAUAUGGUUGAGUGAAAUAGCCAGGAGUGGUUUAGAUAAGGAGGUUCAGGGAAUGGUAUGGACAUGACAAAGGAAAAACAACAGAGACCUGAGGCUAUUUUUAUAAACAGGAGAAAUGCAAAUCCUGAAGAAUUUGGGGGAGUGAACAGUGAUUUAGGCAGAUAUGAAGACAGACCGUACAAUAGUAGGGGACAAUGGGAACUCUUUGGCGGUGGGAAAAAAAUCAUGGUAAUGGAGUGGAAUAUUCUAGACCUAAAGUAAAUAGGUGAGACCCUUAGCAAUAGUUUUGUUUUGUUUUGUUUUUGUUUCUGUUUUUAAAUAAUGAGUCAGGGGAAAAAUACUUUGAAAGAAUUGGCAAUGCUUGAAAAUGUACUUCAAGAGUGUGGAUGCUUUUCUAGGCGACAGGCUCCCGCUAUUGUUGAGAGAACACAGGGAAGAGGGAAGCAGUGGGCGCAGACCCUUGGGUACAGCCGGUGAAGUGGGCACCACUGACUAGCCUACUUCCUGGUCCUGGGCAGUGAAGGCUAAUCAAGGGUUCCUGGAGCAUCACAACAUUAGUCAGGGUCUGAUUUAAAGGUCUAGACUGAGUGGAUUUUGCUGUUCGAAGUAUAUGAGAACACUGGGAUGCCUAAAAAUGGCUUUUGAAAUGGCCAAGUAAAUAUUUUAAAAAUUUUUAAAAAAGAAGUUUCAGGUUAGGUUCAGCCUAAAACAUAGUUUCAUGGGGUAGAUUACAAUUUCUUGGCCAUGAUAUGGGGAUGCAGGAGCAAUUAAUUGGAGAUGUGAUUUUCUUUAUCAUUAGAUACUUCCUUUUCCUGCUGUUUAGAGGAAUUGUGAAAUUGAUCUCAUUUUGGUUAGUAUGAUUUUGGAAAAUACUUUGACGCGCUGAGGUUGGAGUUGAUGUCUCUGCCAUGUGUAGAAGGGAUGCAUUUGGUUCACUUACAGGUUCUCAAGCGUACCCUUUCCUUAGCAGGUGGUUUUUACCUAGGUCAGAUGUAGCUGUUGAUUUUCAAUUCACAAGGCAUCAUGGGGCUGGGGUGUUGUCAGGAAAAUAUUCUUUUAAGAAUAGAAUCUAGAAAUGGGAUACAUGAGUAUUUGUGUUACCUAUUUAAUUGGGCAGCCAAGGGUGCUCAUGUUGAGUUUUUUUCAAUGUCUAUGAAACAACUUGGCUGCAGUGGUUGUUUGGGUUGAUUUCCUUAUGUUGGAGGUUUGGGUUGUGGAUUUCCUGCCCAUUCUGAAUUUGGAGCAGCAUGUCUAGGUUGCUUUCAUUAGGGAGCCCUGCCCAGCAGGGAUGGGAUGGGUCACUGGUGUGGUGCUAAUGUCUGCAGUUGUUGGUGCCACUGUACAUGUUCAGUUCUCCUUUAAGGACAUUUAUUUAUUGAAAUGGCCAUCACACUUGCCAUUUUUAUGAAAUGUUCUAUAGCAGGAAAGCUAUUACUGCACAUGCUCCUGGCCCUGGCCAGUGUAUUGUAGUGGUUUUCUGUGAACUUCAGCCAACUUUGCAGUAUUCGCUCCUUCUGGGAACAGCAGUCCUCUUGUCACUGAGGCUACAUCUGCUUUAGGUCAUUAAGAUAUUCCCGGACCCCUUCUUGUUUCAGCCGUCAAGUCUAUAAAAUCACACAAUACUAAUUCUCCAUCAAAUAACUGCUUAAAGCAAAACAGUGUCAAACCAGUUGAUACUUCACCAUUAAGUCACAUCAUAGAGGAAACAUUUUAAAAAGAGAAUGGAAUUGAUUUUUUUUUUUUGAAUGACCAUAAUAAACCUAAUGCUUUAGAAAAAAAGCUCUCAGAAGACUAAGAAUUGUUUUCGGGACAGUUUCGCCUCAGUAAAUCCUCUCUGCAUUCAGGCAUUUAUUAGGCCUUACUUUUUUGGGAGGACAGAUUAUCCUGGCAGCUCAUUAACUGGAUAAACAGGAUUUUGGUGAAAGAUUUUCAGUUGAGGUUCUGUGGGGAAUAGAAACAACGGGACAUGAUGGGGGAACCUUCAGUUCUUUGGCCUCUUGGAGUCCUAACCCUGAUUAUGAUUUUUAGUUAGGACUGACCCUUCCUAUCCCAUCGUUUCAAGGUGAAUUUUGUUCCCUUCUUGCAAGAAGUUAACCUAACUCACUGUUACCCAUACAAGUAGCCAGACUACCAAUAGGAUUCUUUCAGUGUGAGUUUGAUAUGCAUUUCAGGCAUCUUUUGGAGUUUAGAUUUACUGUAUCAUUUCAGAACCUGACAGGAUGAUGGGAUCUCUUAGGCCAGAUUAUAAACUUCAUGGAGCUCAGGCUGCAAAAAUUCACGCUGCUUAGCAUGUCAGCUGACUUUUAUUGGGACAAGGCUACAAAAGGCCCACCUGUAGCCAGGCCUCUUUUUGCCUUGCAGAUAUUUUUAAAGAGGAAAUUUGGUAUGACUAAAUACUUAAAUGAUACCUGCUAAGUCAUUUGACCAAGGGAGGCAGAGGGAGAGAGUUUCAAUUGAAUGCUUUCCAUUUUGCAAUCUGUCAGCUCUGUUCACAAAUAAUCCAAUAAUGCAUUUGUCUAAAACCUGCUAAAGAAGCAUGGUAAUAACCACUUCCACAUUGCAUUUGGUAAUCGGUAAGUAACAUAGCAUUUCAGAUAAAUUAGUGGUUUUAAUGUCACUAUGUGGAAUCAUUUAAACAAUGAAGCUAAAUUUAAUAGAGUUGAAAAAUACAAUAAAAUUUUGGGUCAUGGCCAUAAGCAGUAUACUGAAUUAACCUCAUAAGAGCUGUGGAAGGGUACAUACCACUAUGGUGUAUUUUUAAAAUUUCAUGGCCUUUUUCUAGAUUAGCAAUAUCUACCAAAAAAAGUUUGGGGGAGAGGUUGGUGCUCAGCGAAAACAUUCUUACUUUGUUGUAAUCAUGUUUGAAGUUCCUUUUUCUGGGCCACCUAACACCUUGAAACAGACAAGAAGCUCCUUUCUAGACCCAAAUGGCCCAGAACAUAAAGCCUAGUAGUUGGCCCUACCAGUUUCUCAUACAAAGCAGCCACAAGAAGGCCGUCCAUUAAUUUUGUACUCACGCUGUGCUUGGCUGUUUGCUGAGUGCUGGGGCUGACACUCUUCUACCCUUCUCACCAGAACAAACUGGCCAUCCAGCCAGCUCCUCAAGCAACCGCCAUGGUUUGGGCCUGACCUGGUGGACAGCCAGUUUUCUGGCACAUUCACCCCAUAGUCCGAGCCUCAGCAGCACGCACCCAGCCCACAGGUGUGUGGAUUCCAGUGACAGAUGGCAAUGGCUUUACCUGUGGCACCAACUCAUACAUUUUAAUGAAAUUUUCUCCUGAAUAACAAACACAAAACCAGACUGAAUUCACACUCAUUGCAAAGACAUACUUACAAUUAUAUUUCACUGAAGUCCAUAUAUGAGCAGAUUCAUACUCUGUGAAUUUCUUAAGGUGUUACAUAAACAUCUCUUUCGAAUAUCUAGUUAGGUUCCGAGUAAGAUAUCUGAGCUGUGGCUUUGAUUUUUCUCUAGUAGCAGUUACAUCACUAUAAAAGUCUGGUUUUCAGGAUUUCAGAACAUGGCAUUCAAGACAAUAGGCAAUUGUCAGAGCUGGACAAUAACAUUUUUAAGGAUCAAGUAUUUUAAUAAUGGCAUUUUUCUCUGGGGACUGAUUAGUCCCUAAUAUGGUUUACAACUGACAUCUGGCUGUGGCAUUUAAGUAAGCAAUGGAUAUAAAAUGGUCUGGGAAAUCCUCCAGUGCUUUUUGUAAGGUUUGAUUGUCCAAGAGGUCAUCUUUGGUGAAAAUGAACCUUAUUAUUUCUUACAAAAUAAAUGGCCCUUCUGUAUUCCAAUCGCAGACCUCUGCCUGUUUGUAAUUCAGAGACUUGUGGAGGGAGGAAAGAGAAUUGACUCCAUCUUUAUCUGUCUUAAGGAGGUUUACCAAAAAUAACAAGUGUACUUUUUACUUUUAGGCUCAGUAGUUUUCAGGAUUGCAACAGAAUGUGGGGCACAUGGCUUCCCAGGAGAUGUAACAUAUUCUUUUACAAUUCUAAGUCACUAAUUAAAAAAAAAAAUUUAACAUUACUUCCUAAUGCUUGUCUAAAAGAAACCACACAAGUGACUUCCUUUCCCUCCUGGCUUUUUUGGUUGGGUAAGAGGGACACUUCUCUCAUCGCCCUUAGUGAGGGAAGCCAUAGCAGUGGUCCACUAAAUUGGUGCUAGGGCAGAAGGGACACUUUUCUCUAGUUCCUUGAUGCUACUGGGAAGGUUUUUAAUGUUAUUCUGAGAGGGCUGAAGGAUUCAUAGUUUAAAAUCAGGGCUUUCAAAGAGUUUGUUCUCUUGCUUAUGUCAUAGUUUGUUUGGCAUGUGCUUUUAAAGAAACAAAAACCAGUCUUUAAAGUAAGAACUGUGAGUCAGACGUAGCACAAGCAUAAUGAACAAAGGGGUGCCACAGUACACAAGGGGAAAACAGCAUUACUGUCAUGAAAACUGGUGUGACAACAACCCAGCCUUCAUUAUGAGACUUAGCUGCACCAUGAUUGUUGUUACAGGUCAAGAUUUAGAUUUACUAGUUUAUAAUCUUAUUCUUUCUAGGCAAAACAGAUCAAUUUUAAGGUUACAGCUUUUAUUGUUUUCUCUUUUUUGGCUCAAGGAUGGGGGUGGAUUUGGUGGGUUGUCAACUGCACAAUCUUGACGUGUAACUUAAUUUUUUAUGAUAUUUCAGUAUAUAUUUUACCCAUUAAAUUUAUUUGAAAA